AUGACGAACGUUUUUGCUAGUGGUAUCAAGUCAAACGCUGCUUUGCAACCCAUGAGGCCCACCUUCAAUGAGAUCACUCCUCGGGACAUCGAUCUUCUCAGUCGCUACUUCUCAACCAAAACCAUCUUCGACGUGAAACUAGGCUGCUAUGAUGAAGCCAGGCAAGUGCUCCAAGCUAGCUUGACUGAUCCGCCUAUACGGCACGCAGUCAUGUCGCUCAGAGCUCUUCGGGAAGAUUUCGAGACAUCCGGCGCCGGUCCGGCGCCAAACGCGCAGCGGAGCGCGACCUUUAAUUAUGGUCUGCAGCAAUACUGUAUGGCAUUGGGGGGUAUUGCGUCCAACUUGUCAUCACUGGGCUCCAACGGGCUAAAGACGACAUUGCUCUGCUGUCAGAUCUUCAUCAGUAUUGAGCAAGUGCGAGGCAAUUUUGCUGUCAUGGCCCAGCACGUUGUUCGAGGGCUCAGGAUCAUGCGCGAGUAUCGAGCAAGACCGUAUUAUGUGGCUGCACAGAAAUUGGUGCCAGCACACCGUGACCAUCUGCCGUUGCUGGAUGUUUUCAUUAUUAAAAUGUUUGCUGCACCGUGUAAGUUCACGGAACCUCCAGCAACAGUCGACUUGAGCAGGAUGACCUCGUCUGGGGGCUUGGCCUCGCCUUAUCCACAGCCUGUUGAAUCUCGCCAUCUUCGCAAGAUCAACCCCAACUUACGGGCAGAGCUCAUAAGGAUCGCUGCAUCGACACUUGAAUUCCUCGGCAAAGUGUCGUGUAUCAAAUCUAUCGGAAACGCACUUCGAUUAUUAUCCGAGAAAGCAGCUCUGCUUGACUCCCUAGAGUCGUGGCUCAUUGGCCUUGAGAACUUUCAGAGUGGACUCAAGUUUCCUGGCCUCGAGACUGUCUCAGUUUCUUUCAUGCGUCUAUUCCAUUUAAUACUUAGAAUCGUUCUCUUGGGUGCACUGGACUCCUCACCAGAUCUUGAUACCAAGCUGCAAACGGAGAAUGACAGGCUGCAAGGCUUAGCUAACAACGUGGGAGAAAGACUCAAGGCUUAUAGUACGUGCAGUGAGAUUGGCAGGGAGUGA